AUGGCCACUGGUCGGGGUCGUUCUGCACGGAAGCUUAAACCAUGGCUAGUGGAGCAGAUUGAAAGUGGAAAGUAUCCUGGACUAAUGUGGGAUGAUGAACAGAAAACUUGUUUCCGAAUCCCAUGGAAACAUGCAGGGAAACAGGACUUUCGACAUGAUGAAGAUGCUGCCAUCUUUAAGGCAUGGGCUCUGUACAAGAACAAAUACCAAAAUGGAGAUAAAGUGGAUGCAGCUGCAUGGAAGACAAGACUUCGUUGCGCACUUAAUAAAAGCCCAGAAUUCGGAGAGGUCCCAGAGAGGUCCCAGCUGGAUAUAUCUGAACCAUACAAAGUUUAUAGAAUUGUUCCAUCAGAGGAGCAAGAAAAAUCCUCAUCAGGAAAACCGGCACAGAAGAGGAAGAGUCAUGCAGAUUCUAAGGCCAAAUCCUGUGAUGAACUUGAUCAUGUAGAAAUGAAACCUAAACAGGUGAAACUGGAGCUAUCCCACAUCGAGACACUGGAGGCAACCAGCUGUGCCUCUGCUGAUUCUGGAAAUGGAAGUGACUCCAGCAAUGCUGAUACAUCACCUAUAAAACAACAUAUUCCUAAAUGCGAGCAAUGCGAGCCAUGCCAGCCUGAACUCCACAACACUACCCAGAGUUUCCUAGUACAAUCGUUGCCCCCCCGCCACACUUCACAAAUAAAGACAUGCAGGUCACAGUAUUAUAUAGUGGUGUAGAGGUAUCGCAAUCAUUGAUCCGGAGUGGAGAAUGUAAACUGUCAGCUAAAGCUAAUACUCAAUGCUGGAUGGAGCAUGUUCCUUUUCCUUUACCAUCUAAACCACUUGAUACAGACACACAAAGAAAGACAGGGGAUCUUCUGAAAUUUCUUGAAGCUGGAGUUAUGUUAGCCAGCAAUAAAGAUGGAAUCUUUGCCCAACGACAAAAAUUUUGUAAAGGGCGUGUUUACUGGACUGGUCCAUGUACAGACAGUCAAGGAAAAAUUAAUAAACUGGAAAGAGAUAUACUUGUUAAAUUAUUUGACACAGAGAAAUUCCUGAAAGAACUGGAAUUAUACAAGACUAUGGGUGGCAACCCACCAGAUUAUCAUGUCACCUUAUGUUUUGGAGAAGAAUUCUCAGACAGUGACCCAACUGAAGAUAAACUGAUCACAGCAAAGAUUGAGCAAGUUAUGGCCUCAGAGUUGGUUCAGCAAGUAGAAAAUCUCCGUGUAGAUCAUGUUCAAGAUCCAAAUCUGGAGGAACCCUCUUCCCUGUGUCUUAUUCAGCUUAUGCCUGUGGAUACAUCAGAAAGCAUAUAUGACUGA